GAAAGUCGUGUGGAACUGCAGUUAACCUUUUCCUAUAUCCUUUGUAAAAGGUUUUUAGUUUUCGUCAUGUCCUCUUACGUCUUGUUUGGAUUAGAGAAUCCUCUAUUGGAUUAUUACGUUGGAGGAGAAGAUGCUACACUCCAAAAAUAUGGACUGAAGAGCAACGAUGCCGUUUUGGCAUCUGAGAAUCAAAUGGGCAUUUACAAGGAGCCCUGUGUCAGUUAUGGAGCUGGUGGUGCUGCUCAAAACAGCUGCCGUGCUGCUCAAUACGUCCUUCCUCCCAACUCUACUGUUUUUGCUGGUUGUGUCGGUGAUGACGACUUUGCUCGCAUGCUUCGUGAAUCCAAUGAGAAGGCUGGUUUGCGUUCUGUGUUUGCUGUUGAUCCUUCCGCAACUACUGGUGUUUGUGCCGUUGUUUUGAGUAACAACAACAAGUGUCGCUCUUUGUGCACAAAUUUGGGAGCUGCUAAUAACUAUAAGCUUGAGAACUUAAAGGCUCCCGAAGUUUGGAGCCUUGUUGAAGGUUCUAGAGUUAUUUACGUUGGUGGAUACCACUUGACUGUCAGUCCGGAAUCCAUGUUGGAAUUGGCUAAGCAUGCCGUUGAAAAAAACAAGCCUUAUAUUAUGAACCUCAGUGCUCCUUUCCUCUCUCAAUUCUUUAAGGAACAGAUGGACUCUGUUGUCCCUUACUGUGACUAUAUCAUUGGUAAUGAGUCCGAAAUACUCAGCUAUGGAGAGCACCACGGCAUUGAAACUAAGGAUGUUGGCGAAGUUGCCUUGGCUUUGGCUUCUGUUGAGAAAGUAAACAAGAAGCGCAGCCGUGCUGUUGUUAUUACACAAGGUGCUGAUGCCACUAUCGUUGUUCAAGAUGGUAAAGUGAACACCUACAAGCCUAAUCACGUCCCUGCUGAGGAAAUUGUCGACACCAAUGGUGCAGGUGAUGCGUUUGCUGGUGGCUUCAUCGCUGCUCUCGCUGAAGAACACGGUAUCGACUAUGCUAUUACUCUCGGCCACUGGUUGGGUCAAGAAUGUAUCAAAGUAAGCGGUACAACCCUUCCCCUUCCCAAAAAGCAAUAUCCUCUUCCUUAAUUUAACUGCAUAUAUAGAUAGAAAAGAGGUAGCUCUUUAGUAUAUCGCUGUUACAUAUAAUCAAUAAGUUUCUGGGCUUUAUAGGUUUCGAAAUACUUGAAUAAACUCAAUAAACAAAGUCAUCAUCAGUUUGAGAUACCUCAAGUCGGCUGUGUUACUUUUUUUGUAAUCCUUUUUUUGCCAUGACUUUGUACAGUUUGUAGUUCUUUUUCUGGUAAAGACCAAAUGUCCUUGUCAUUCAUGUCAACAUCUGUUCGGGAGUAUUGAGCCCUCC